UGACAAUCGAAUGUAAAUAAUGGAAAGGGCAAAUAGAGGACAAUUUUUAAAUUUUUGGGUUUCCUAACCCAUUUUUCUGUUGCAAAAAAGCACAAAUAUUGCCAGUGAAUAAUAAAUAAGAAAGCUCACACUGAGCUAUGCAAAUGCGAAGAAACUAGUCACUAGAUAUUAGUAAAAUAACAUAUUAACACUGUACUGCACCACAUAUGCUGAAACCCUUCAGCAUCCUUAAGAUUUUAGUAAAUUUUACCUCUAGAAAGAAAAUGUUUCUCAACGGUUCUCUGACGUCCCUUACCAGCCUAAAUCGGGAAGAGCUCCAAGCAUUCCUGGACUCUAUUGACACAUUUUUGUUUGACUGUGAUGGUGUUUUAUGGCUUGAAAACCAAGUCAUUUCUGGCUCAGUAGAAGUUGUCAAUAAACUGAGAGAUAUGGGUAAAAAAAUCAUGUUUGUUACCAAUAAUUCCACCAAAGUGAGAGACGAUUUUUUUAUUAAGGCCAGAAGAAUGAAUUAUAUUAUUGAGAAGGAUGAAAUUGUUACAACUUCUUACUUGGUUGUUAGUUACCUUAAAGGUCUAGGAUUUAAGCAAAAGGUGUAUCUGAUAGGAUCUAGGGGGAUUGCACAAGAACUAGAAGCUGCUGGUAUAAAAUAUCAUGGUGUUGGGCCCGAUGUACUUCAAACUGUGGCUAAUACUUUGGAAACCUUCCAUAUGGACAAAGAUGUGGGAGCAGUUAUCGUAGGAUUUGAUGAGCAUUUUUCUUACAAUAAAAUGAUUAAAGCUGCCACUUAUCUUAAUAAUCCAGACUGUAUAUUUUUGGCUACCAAUACAGAUGAACGAUUUCCUGUAGGAGGUAACAUAGUCUUGCCAGGAACCGGUUCUAUUUUAAAAGCAAUAGAAUCUUGUUCAUUACGAGAACCCACUGUUGUGGGAAAACCUAAUUCUUAUAUAGCUAAUUGUUUAAUUAAGGAGCAUGGGAUUGUACCCAGUAGAACAUUGAUGGUGGGAGACAGAUGUAACACAGAUAUUUUGCUUGGAACCAGAUGUGGCUUUCAAACUCUUCUAGUCUUAUCUGGAGUUACACAAUUAAAAGAUGUUAAGAAAUGGAGUGUUUCAGGUAUAAAGGAAGAAAAGGACUUAAUUCCGGAUGUUUACCUGGAAAAACUAGGCGAUCUAUUACCCUUUUUAGAGUAAAAUGGUGCUAGAAUGAUUAUAGUUCAGUUUCAUUUUAAAUUAUUUCUCUUACUUGAUAAGUAACCCUUUUCACAUUUAUUUGCAAAUGUUUGUAAUGAAAAGUAAAAUAAGUGGUUUCAUAGGACACAA